GGGGGAGCGGCCGAAGCCGCCGGAGGUGCUCGGGUGUUCGCCUCGCACCAACCGCCGCCCGCCCACUGCUCGACCGCUGGUGACGAUGCUGGACCGGGAGCGGGGCUGGAGUGUCUCCUUCGCCGGCUGCGGCUUCCUGGGCGUUUACCACAUCGGCGCCGCCACCUGCCUGCAGGAGCGCGCUCCGCACGUCAUCCGCGACGCCCGGCACAUCUACGGAGCCUCCGCUGGAGCGCUGGCCGGCGCCGUGCUGGCCGGGGGCGGCUCUUUGGCUCAAGCUUGUGCAGAUGUUCUGGCAUUAGCCAAAGAAGCUAGAAGGCGAAAUCUUGGUCCUCUUCAUCCUUCCUUUGAUGUGAUAAAGAUAAUUAGAGAUGGACUUAUGAGAAAUCUUCCAGAAGAUACUCACAAGUUGUCUUCGGGCAGACUGUAUAUUUCACUAACCAGAGUAUCUGAUGGUAAAAAUGCAUUGAUAUCUAAUUUUAACUCUAAAGAAGAAGUUGUCCAGGCUUUAAUCUGUAGUUCAUUUGUUCCUAUUUAUUGUGGCCUAAUUCCACCAUCAUUUAGAGGUGUGCGUUAUGUGGAUGGGGGAAUCAGUGACAACUUACCUCAACAUGAAUCUAAGAAUACCAUCACAGUUUCACCUUUUGCUGGGGAGUGUGAUAUCUGUCCAAAGGGAAAUUCUGCCAACUUUCAUGAAAUGAAUGUGACCAAUACCAGCAUCCAGUUUAGUUUGGGGAACUUUUACCGUUUAACACAAGCGCUCUUUCCGCCAGAACCUAAGGUACUAGGAGAAAUUUGUGAGCAAGGAUAUUCAGAUGCUCUUAAAUUCUUGAAAGAGACCGGUAUUCUGAAUGACUCAAUUUAUAUCCACUUGUCCUUCACAAAAAGAAAUCCUUGUGAAGCUGGGCAACACAUUGACCCUAUGAAGCAAAAAAAAUUGACAGAAAAUAAUGGAGUGGAAUCUUUGAAAAUGGAAGCACUUGAUGACCAAUUGAAGCAAAACCCAUGGCCUUUGGAGAAUAGCAUAUUUGAGAGUCUACCUCCUAGACUUCGUAAAGCACUGCAGGAGGCGUGUAAAGAACAGAAUGGAUUCUAUGCUCAGUUCUCUAAACUCUUCCCAAUACGGGUUAUAUCCUAUCUUAUGCUGCCAUACACACUGCCAGUGGAGUCUGCUUACUCUGUUGCUUUACGGUUAGUAAACUGGUUUCCUGACAUGCCUGCUGAUGUUCGAUGGAUGCAAGAACAGUUUUUUCGGAUUGCUGGUACAGUUUAUUCCCAGGCUAAAAACAAGUUGUUCAGUAUAUCCAGGAAAGAUGACAAAUUUGCAUCACUAAGAAAAUGUCAAACUAUCCCAUCUACUAUGGAACUUCAUUCUUCAUACUGCCACCUUAAAAUGCCUCACUCUUCUGCUGACCUUGAAACCUGGCUCUGGGAAUCUUCAUGCUUCAUGCACUCAGCUGUGAAAAAUGUUUCUGCUAACAUGCAGGAGCAUGCAGAAUUAAACUCCUAUCCUAAUUUUCUCCCAAAUUCUGAUGAAUCUGGGUUAGAAAUAGAUUUUGACUCCUCCUCAGAGGCAAGUUUCCAAACUGCUCCAGAGUAUUGAUUUGGAAGUACAUUCCACAGUUUCCAAAAUUCCAUUUGGCAGAGAAUUUGAAAUCCUAAAGGACUAAAGAUCACUUUUUUUAUUGCCAUUAAGUCGUGUAAAAUUACUUGUUUACAGCUUCCUGACAAGUCUGCCUUGGGAAUUCUACUGUUUUAAAGAUUAUAAAAACAGUGGCUGCUAUACUAAGUAACAGACUACAAUUCUGUUGAAGCACCAGCUCAAUCAAAGGUAGUAAGACAUGUAAACACUGUCUCUCUGGAAAUUAAUUUUUUAAAAAAAUUACUUUCAGCAUAAAAAUGCAAAUUCUCUAAAAAUAUUAGUAGAAAAACAAGCAUUGAUUAAAAAAAACAUUUUAAUAAAUAGAAUUCUUAACAAUAUUAUGGGUUAAGAUUACUUUGAUAGCACUUAAAUGAAAUUGGACUUUUACUUCAUAAAGGGAAAUACAAGAAUGGGCUUUUUAGUGGCCUCCAGUGUUGUUUUGCCUUAUAUUUAAACAUAUGGUUGUGUUUAUGGAAAAGUGGUUUGCAUGAAAUACUGUAACAAUGUUACUCUAGGUUGUUGUAUGUAUUCCAUGGUUCAUACUUCUCCUCUGUGGUUCUUUCCCUCUUCUAAUACUUCAAGGGAUAAAGACUUAAGAAAUGGGACAUAUUCCCCUGAAGUGUAAGCAAAUACACUUUCUGUGAUUACAGAAGACCUUUUUUUUUUUACUUAAGGGUUUAUUACUUGACUAAAUAUGAAAAUGUAGGUAAAUAUGAAAAGUAGGUAAAAUAGUGACUGUGCUUAGUAGUAGCAAACAGUAAUUUGAGAAGGUGUUAAUCUUUACAGAAGAUUCUGUAUAGAGAUUUUUGUUAACAAGUGGUGGUUGAUGUUUUGGUCUACUAUGAAUUGCUGCCCAAUCAUUCUUGAUUACUUUUCCCAUCCAACUUGAGAGAUUUUUUUUUGUCCCUUCUUUUAUUUCCUUCUUCCUAAAGGAGCAAAGAAAAGGAGCAAAGUCAUCUCUAUCUCAGUGAGGUGUAAGAAUGCAAAGGAAGUUUUCCAAGAUUUGAUCAUUAGAAGAAGAAGCAAAUGUGGAAGCAGGGAAGAGUCAAUAUCCAGGGAGCUGUGCAAAGGUCUCAAACAAUGGGUAGAAAGUUGGCCAAAUCACAUCUGUCAUGACCAUUUUUAAGCACUUUCCACUAAAAGGGUUCUGCAUAAUUUUAAAUUUGAAUAAAGACAACUCAUUAGUGUAUGAAUACGUUAGGAAAAGGAAAUAACAAAAUACCCCAAAAUGAUGGCUUUACAACGGAAUUUGUGCAUGUAUUUGGGUGCAAGUGUGUGACACCUGAACACUUCUCAUUCAUGCAACUUGGUUGCAGUCCUGGGAAGAGACCACAGAUUCUUUCUGAGUGUGUCUUGUACAAGGAGAAGCAGCAAUUAGAUUGUGAUGCUGAGGAGAAGGGAAAUUCACUUUGUGGACUUUGGUAUCCAGAAAUCUGUCAAAUAGCAAAAUGUAGCACGUGGACAAGCCUUUAAGCAGUUUCUCAGGUGUGAUUCACCUAAGCUUGAAAUGCUAAAUUUUACAACAUGAAAACUGAUUUUAGAAUGCUGGGGCAUGGGGGAGAAAGUGUCAAACCAUCCAUUUCCAAACUACAGAAGACUGGUGCUAUUUUACUUCAACUCUUGUUUAUUUCUUGUGUAUGUAUCUUCAAAUUUACAAGAAAAGUUGGAAAUUUUACUCUUAACUACAAUUAAAUGAUACAAGAUCUGUUUUAUAUUCUUUCUUUAUAACUUUAAACUUUCUAUAAUUUAAUUUUAUAAUGUUUUGCAAAAUAUUAGUCUUACCAGCAUGUUUUAGAAUCUAAGCAGGAAUGCAAGUUUUGCUUCAUUUAUGUGUAACUGGCAUAGUUCUAGUAACUACAUUUAAAUCUUUGCCACUGCUGUGAUUUUGUCUCCUUUUUCUAAAAUAAAAAUAUAAUCUCUUCUGUUAC